AUGAACAAUAGCGAUGCGGGCAGUACGAUGGAGCAAUUCGUAAAGAUGCCCGUCUACGUGGGCUUUCUGAUCAAGAUGUCGGCCAAUCUGUUGUCGCAUCCCAUGGAGCUGGUUCGGGUCAAUAUCCAGGCCAAUGUCACCCAUCACAGUCGACUGACCAUGCGGAACAUGUUUCGUCUGAUGGCCAGGCAUGGAUUACCCGGAUUUUACUACGGCAUUGCGGCUUCUGGCCUGCGCUGCACCGUUCACACCCUGUCCUCAUAUACCCUCUUCUACAAUUUACGGGAUAACAAGUAUGUGCUGAUGCUAAAGCCCUACAACACUAUGUCUGUGCUGGGAAUCACUGGAUUUUGGGGCGGCGUCUUUGCCACGCCCUUUGCCAAACUGGCAGUCAUUCGGCAGGCGGAUCUCACGCGACGAUCCUACGAAAGGCGCAACUACCGGAAUUUCUGGCAGGGACUCAAGUGCAUGUACAGGAAGGGAGGAUUCACCUACUUAUUCAACGGCUGGCGGAUAAACGCCUUUUCCAGCACAGCUGUGGCCAUGCUGUAUACUCCCGUUAGUGGCAGAGUUGGUACGUUGAUAUCGUGGUUCCACGGACUCGAUGAGCCGUGGCUCAGCGAUCUCAUAACUAUGGCUUUAACGGGCGGCAUCAUCACGGUGAUAAUGACCCCCGUGGAUGGGAUGGCCAUUCGUACGCUGAACGAAUCCUCGCACUAUGGUCAGCAUUCCUACUCGCACAUGUGCCGGAAAAUUAUAAAAAGACACGGGUACAGGGGUUUCUUCUUUGGCUGGAAACCGGCGCUUCUAUCCCUUGUGCCACACACUAUAUUGGCAACAAUUGUGUAUCGCAUACUACUAGAUCGCUACUUGUCAUAA